GAGAAGGCAAAGCCUUGUGUGCUCUGAUAUCGGGGCCUAACGCUGCUCAGCAGGUCUAGGAGAAUCUGGAUGGAACCCAAAAGAGUCUUUGGAACAGCUCCAAAGACUGCAGUGGCAGAGAAUCAAGCAAAGAGAGAUCGAAUACCAGCUUUUCUCCGGGCAAAUGACCACGCUGCGUGUCUCGGAUCAUGUGCACCCUUUACUCAUCUGUAAAAACUUGCAGAAAAGAAGAGAGCUAACAUGUGCGAGUCACUGAUCACCCGCCAAGCACCUCCCAGGUAUCAGGGCUCACCUAACACUCAGAAUCACAUGCAAAGGCCGUUACCUCCAUUCCUCAGGUCAGGGCAUUUGGACUCCACUGUUUCUCCACAUCUAUUCAGCUAAACAAGUGAUGGAGUAGGAUUCUAACCCAAGCACUUUCAGCCUAGGGGUCUGGUCUUAGGCCAUCUCUAACCUGUGCAAAUUAAAUGCUUAUAAGGGCCGCAGAGCACCUAGUUCACUAUCUGGCACACAGGAUCAACGACUUCCGCCCUUCUCUGCUUACCCAGCAGCGCCAAUCACUCCCAGCCUAGCAUCCUGAACUUUCUCCACGUGGGAGAAGGGCGGAGGUGGGGUGUGUGUGUGCUUGGACUACAACUCCCAGGAUGCACCAGGCGAAGAAGCCCACCAAUCAGGAAGGCCAGCCUAAUUGCCAGGCCGCUGGCCCCGCCCUGCGGUCCUGACUUGGGGACGGUUGCUGGCGACCUUGGCGGGCUGAGUCCUGACUGGGUGUGGCCUGUCCGUUACUCGGUUUUAAAUUUUCCUGAUCCGCCUUGGUGGGUGAGGCCUGCUGAAAUUUCCAGUGGCUCUGAAUUGAGUGACAAAAAUAGGAUUAAUUCCUCUGGUUCAUGAAAAGUUAGAGGCAAGGAAUUGACUAAAAGAUGUUUAACAGUGUUGCUGAACAUAAGCAGAAUGUGGAAGCCAUAAUUAAGAACAUUAACACAAUUUCUUUGGAGCUGAAGAAGAUGAAAGAUCUGCAUCGAAUGCCGAUGACAGCAGCUGUGGCAAAGGGGCAUGGGACUGCCGAGGCCAGUUUGGACCAGUCAGGACUUCCUGCUGGAGCUGGGGAGAGGAGCACCUCAAAUGGAAUCAAGUGCCACCAAGAAGAAGAGGGGAGUGGCUGUUAGUUAGGCACAAAAUAAUCCACUCCCACAUGUUCUGUGUAGGUAGCUCUUCCUAGACUUUGAUCAGGGAACCCUGCUCUCUGAACAGGUGCGAAUAGAUGCUGUGCAGCAAAACAGAGCCUGUUCUUGUGGUCACAUCAGUUCAGGGAGUGCUUUAUGCUAUGUAUUUGUCUUACAAACACUGCAUAUUAACAAAGGCUCUGAGGAAACUGAUACAAAGAAACCCAAUUGACUUAUCUCUCAAAACCAAUCUCGACAUUGCAAUAAAGUUUCUCCUCCUAAAAUGCAAAUCUGCUGAAAACCCUGAUUUGCUCACCACUGUCCUCAGGAUAAAGUCCAAACCUCCUAGGAGGCCUGUAUGAGCCCUUGAGAUCAAGUCCCUGCGUACAGUUCUGUUCCAGCCUCUUGUUAAUCUCUGCAAGUGCUCUGCUCCAGCCGCAUUUUACUAUUUGCAUGUCCGUGCAUCAUGUCUUUUGUGUCUUUUAACCCAUACAUCUUCUGAAAUCUCAUUGCCACACUUCUCUCCACCACAUCGGGCUAGCCUCUGUGUAUUGAGGUCACUCACAUUGGAAAACUUUUUGAGCUAGUAUUUGACCCCUUCUACCCUUUCAUAUGGCAUCAUCUUGUAAUUGUGUGUUUACUCACUUUUCUUAGCCCUGCUCCACUAAACUUCUUAAAGACAUUCCUAGCACUUAACUUGGUGCCGUGAUAGGAUAGGUCAUUAGAAAAUGUUGAGUGAAAAAAUAAUUCUCAGCCUUCUUUCCUCAUGUGGCUUACCAAACAAUAACAGCCAGAUUUAUACCCUCCAAGCAGCCUAAGCGAAGAGACCAAAAGUUACUGACAGCAGAGUUUCCCUCAACAAAACAGCCCUGCUGUCCCACCCCAGAAUCUAGCAGCCACGGGCGUAGAGCUUCUGAUCAUCUGUUUAUAGCACUGGAGCUGAGUGUGAGCAAGCUGCUGUGGCAGAGCCAAUACUCAAGGAGCCCAUGUAUUGAUAGUGGGAAAAGCAGAAAUGAAGCCACAAACAGGCUUGAUCAGUGAAGAAACGAAUUAUGAGGAGCGAUGAACGCUUCAGGAAAAAACAUCUGUUAGUAUCCAUGUGGAAGUAAGAGAAGAUGCUGUAUGAAAAAGAAGUAAAAAAUACUAUUUUUAGAGAGAGGUUUUAGUACAAAAAUACUAUUUUUUAGAGAGUUUUUUGUUGUUGUUGUUGU